AUGAACAACAUCUCUGAAAACAUCAAUCUGAGCACAGUGAGAUCUGUAGUUUGUGAAGAACUCUCUGAUAUUCAGGCUUCUGUUGCCAAAAUUGUUGCAACUGUUACCAGCCAGCAACAGCUUGUAAGAGAAGACAUAUCACACAGCUUUCAUGCAGGUAAACAAAGUGCCACACAAGCCAGAAUGUCUUACUUAGUAAAUCAUCCAGAUGAUAGAGAAAAGCAACAGGGAACGGAUGUUAAUGUAUCUGCAGAAGAGCAGAAGCUCAUUAGACUCCAGUUCCACAUGUAUACAAGGCAAUGCCAACGUAUCAUGUGUGAAGAUGGCAUUUUCGCUCUACACGAAUACAGAGGUCAAUGGGCUGCUGCUCUUUUCCUUCAAGAAGUGAUGAAUGCUGGACCCCAAACAGACAAGCGCCAAAUUGCGAAGUUGAGUGGAGAAGUUCAAGAAGAAGAUAGCCUUGGUGGGGCAGAAAGUAGUGUGGCAUCCUUACCACCAAGAAGAAACAUGCGGAGCCGUCGUAUUUAA